UUUUUUUUUCCUAGAGCAGCAGUGCUGAAGGAAAUAUAGCUGUGCGAUUCAUAGGAGGAUAUUUCAGUAAAAUUUGUUUCAUUUCUCCCUAUUUAUCUCUCUCCUCCUUUCUGGUUCUUCGCCAAUUCUGCCCAUAUGACAACCGUGGCAUAUGCUGUGAUUGUUUGCUUGUUCUGACCUCGAACCCCCGACCUUUACUGCCGAUCGUUCUAAGGGAAUCCGAUAACCCCGAGCCUAUAAAUUUUAAUCUGCAUCCGAUGCGCCUGUCUUCAUCUCCAAUUCUUUUCCGAUUGCUGCAUGUGCAUACCCUUCACCGGCUUUCUGCUGUAGAAAACCCUACCGGUCAUACACCGUGAUCAGGCAACGGAUUGGGGUGGCGGGACUCACUUCGUCAGGGCGUCCGGCUUCUUUUUUGCCUUGUCUGGUUCCUGAACUGGCGAUAACAAAUUGAAAAGAUGAAGCACAAGAGACGCAGGGUUUCGGAAGUGCCUCCAAAAAUAAGAUCUUUUAUCAGAAGUGUGACAUCUUUUACAUUAGAGAAUAUAGAAGAGCCAUUGAAAGGCUUCGUAUGGGAUUUUGAAAAGGGAGAUUUUCAUCACUGGGUUGACCUUUUUAAUUAUUUUGAUUCGUUUUUUGAGAAGUACAUAAAACCGAGAAAAGAUUUACAGCUUGAUGACAAUCUUCUUGGAGCAGACCCUCCAUUCCCAAGAGAAGCAGUACUGCAAAUUCUCAGGGUGGUUCAAGUCAUCUUGGAGAAUUGCUCAAAUAAGCACCUCUAUAGUUCUUUUGAACAACAUCUCUCGUCUCUAUUAGCUUCAACUGACGCAGAUGUUGUUGAGACAAGUCUUCAAACAUUGGCUGCAUUUUUGAAGAAACCUGUUCGGAAAUGCUCAAUUCGUGAUAGUUCUUUGACUUCAAAGCUAUUUUCUUUUAGUCAAGGUUGGGGGAGCAAAGAAGAAGGUCUUGGAUUGAUUGCAUGCGCUCUCAAGGAUGGUUGUGAUCCUAUUGCAUUUGAAGUUGGCGCCACAGUUCAUUUUGAAUUUUAUGUAGUUCCUGAAUUAUCUCAAAGCUCUGGUGGCACAGAGCAUUUAUGCCAGGGGUUGCAGGUUAUUCAUUUGCCUAACAUUGAUGAAUGUAAAAAGAGCGACCUUGAGCUGUUGGAUGAAUUGGUGAAGGAGAAGAAUGUGCCUCAUAAUCUACGCUUCUCAUUAUUGACAAGAUUGAGAUUUGCACGGGCUUUCAAUUCUUUGGCCGCCCGACACCAAUAUAUCUGUAUACGAUUAUAUGCUUUUAUGAUUCUUGUUCAAGCAAGCACUGAUACUGAUGAUUUGGUGGCAUUUUUUAAUAAUGAACCAGAAUUUGUCAGUGAGCUUGUAUCCUUACUUAGCUAUGAAAGUGAAGUUCCCGAAAUGAUUCGGGUUUUGGGAAUACUGUCAUUGGUUGCUCUUUGCCAUGAUCGAGCUCGCCAAUCUACAGUUUUGACCUCAGUUACGACUGGUGGACAUUGUGGAGUUCUUCCUAGUUUGAUGCAGAAGACAGUAGAUUAUAUUGCCUGUGGCUCUGGUGAAGUUUCAAUGGUUUUUGCUGGUGCUCUUCUAUCUCUCGUCUCUGUUUUGGUUUCUUCCACUCCUGGUUCAUUAGCUCUGCAGGAGGCUGGAUAUAUUCCCACUAUUCUACCCCUCCUUAAAGAUACUGAGCCAAAGCAUCUCCAACUUGUCAGUACUGCAGUGCACAUUAUAGAGGGCUUCUUGGAUUUCAAUAAUCCUUCCGCUGCGUUAUUCAGAGAUUUGGGUGGCUUCGAUGAUACAAUUACACGCCUGAAGAUUGAAGUUGCCUGUGUUGAGAAUGGUUCAAAAAGAAAUGCAGAGGGCGUUCUAUCUCAUAGCAAAGGAAAACAAAUAAUUGAUUCUUCUGAAAUUGAUACGCAGCCUCAUAGCUCUGAAGCCUCAAUUUCUUAUCAGAGGAAGUUACUAAUUAAAGCAUUGCUUCGUGCAAUAUCACUUUCGACUUAUGUCCCUGGUAGCUCUGCUCGAAUUGAUGGUUCUGAAGAGAGCAUAUUGCCUCAUUGCUUAUGUAUUAUCUUUCGAAGGGCAAAAGAUUUUGGUGGUGGAGUUUUCUCACUUGCUGCAACUGUUGUGAGUGAUCUUAUACACAAGGAUCCCACAUGUUUUCCUAUCCUUGAUGCAGCAGAUUUGCCUCAGGCCUUUCUUGACGCCAUCAUGAAUGGUGUACUUUGCUCUGCUGAAGCUGUAGGGUGUAUACUGCAAUGCUUGGAUGCAUUAUGCUUGAACAAUGCAGGUCUGCAACUUGUGAGGGAACAAAAUGCACUGAGGUGUUUUGUGAAAAUAUUUACUUCACGGUCAUAUCUAAGGGCUCUCAGAGGAGAUAUUCCAGGUUCUUUGUCUACUUCUCUUGAUGAGCUAAUGCGUCAUUCAUCUUCACUUCGUACUUCUGGGGUUGAUAUGCUUGUUGAGAUCUUGAACACAAUAGCAAAUGUUGGAUCCAUGUCAGAAUCUAAUCAUUGUUCUGAAUUUUUAGCCUCUUCCACACUCGUUCCUAUGGAAACUGAUCCUGAAGAUAAGUCUGUUUUGUCUAGUGAAGGAGAAUUUUGCAGGUUAGCUAGCUCAGAGCAGUUCAUAGAUGUAUCAUCAGAUGCUAUUUCAUUGAGUGUAGAGUCUUUUGUUCCUGAGUGCAUCAGCAAUACUGCUCGGCUUCUUGAGACUGUUCUUCAGAAUGCUGAAAUUUGUCGCUUGUUUAUUGAGAAGAAAGGCAUUGAAUCUAUUCUCAAAUUGUUCUUGCUUCCCUCUAUACCUAUUUCUUUUUCCAUUGGGCAGAACAUAUCUGUUGCGUUCAAGAAUUUUUCACCUCAGCAUUCUGCUGCAUUAGCUAGAGCUGUUUGUUCCUUUGUCAGGGAACAUCUUAAGUUGACUAAUGAAUUGCUUGACUCACUCUCUGGAUCUAAGCUCACUGAGGUUGAAAGUGAAAAGCAGAUGGCGGUAUUAAAAUGCAUGUGCACUCUAGAAGGACUGUUAUCACUUGUCAAUUUUCUUUUAAAAGGAACAACAGCUAUGAUAUCUGAAUUAGGUUCCUAUGAUGCUGAUAUCUUGAUAGAGCUGGGGAAAGCUUACCGAGAGGUUCUAUGGCAGAUUUCGCUAUCUAGUGACUCCAAAGUAGAUGAAAAGCAAGAUGCUGAUCAUGAGGUUGGCAUAGGAGACACAUCCAUAUCUACUAAUGCCGAAAGAGAGAGUGAUGAUGAUGGAAGCACUGCACCAGUUUUCAGAUAUAAUAAUUCAUUAUCAAUUCAGAACAACAAUACGUCUCAUUGGAAUACAGAACAUGAGUUUGUCUCUUAUAUUCCUACAUCUACUGCUCGAAACAUUCAUCGGCAUGGUCGGCAUAACUUUUCUCGGAUGCGUGGCAGCAGAUUGAGUCGUAAUAUGGAUAUUUCACAAUCUGAUUCAGAUGUUUCUGCAAAUAGCUUGAAUAAUUUACUUUUGGUUGAAAAUAAGAAGAAAAGUCCGAUUGUUCUUGUUUCGGAAGUUUUGCUUAAACUUAGCUUUGCAAUCCAUUCUUUCCAUGCAACCCUUGUGAAAGGAUUGAGUUCUCGUCGCAGAACUGAUUCAAGUUCCCUUACUCCGACUUCUAAAAGCCUUGUGACAGCUCUUGCGAAAGUUUUUCAUGAUGCUCUUACUUUUUCAGGACAUUUUUCUGCUGGGCUUGAGACGCCCUUGUCAGUAAAAUGCCAAUACCUUGGAAAGGUUGUACAGGCAAUGGGAAUGCUUGUCUUUGAUAGCAGGCGCCGUGCAUGCAACGCUACUCUUGUGAAUGGUUUUUAUGUAAAUGGAACUUUUAAGGAGAUUUUAACUACAUAUGUGGCCACCAGACAGUUACUCUGGACUUUGCCUUUUUCUUUUCAUACUCCUGCAGGUGAACAUGGAACUUCUGCAGAUGGGAACAUAUCAUCCGAGAGUUCAUGGCUGCUUGAUACUUUGCUGAGCUAUUGCAGCUUGCUGGAAUAUCAUGUCAACUCUUCAUUGCUGUUAUCUCCAUCAUUACCAUCCCAAUCCCAACUUCUUGUUCAACCUGUUGCUACUGGCCUAUCAAUCGGUCUGUUUCCUAUCCCUAGAGACCCUGAGGCAUUUGUCCGCAUGCUUCAGUCACAGGUUCUUGAUGUGAUCCUUCCUUUAUGGACCCAUCCUAUGUUUCCUAACUGCAGCCCAGCCUUGAUCAGUUCUGUGGUUUCCAUUGUCACACAUAUAUACACCGGUGUAGGAAACAUAAAACAUGGUCAUGGCAUGGCUGGAAGUACCGCUCAGCGAAUUAACACCCGUCCAAUUGAUGAAUCUUCUAUUGCUACUAUAGUCGAGAUGGGAUUUUCCAGGGGGCGAGCGGAAGAAGCUUUGAGAAAUGUGGGCACAAAUAGUGUUGCAAUUGCUACAGAUUGGCUGUUUAACCAUCCUGAAGAAUUUGUUCAGGAGGAUGUGCAGCUGGCGCAAGCUCUUGCUUUGUCUCUAGGAACAUCCUGUGAAACAUCUAAGGAUGAUGGUGGUGAUGAGACAAAGAAUGUAUUCACAGAAGACAAAGGAGCAGAUAUACCACCUUUUGAUGAGAUAAUGUCUGUUUCAAUAAAGUUAUUCCAAGUCAGCGAUUCAAUGGUAUUUCCCUUAACGGAUCUAUUAGUGUCACUGUGCAAUCGUAACAAUGGAGAAGACCGGCAAAAGGUGGCCUUGUAUUUUAUUGAGCAACUGAAGCGCUGCUCAUCAGAUUUUUCUGAAGGCAUGGGUACUUUAUUUCCAAUCUCACAUAUAUUGGCCUUACUUUUGAGUGAAGAUAGCAGCAUGCGAGAAAUAGCUGCAGAAAAUGGAUUGGUCUCUGCUAGCAUAGAUAUCCUGGAAAUCGUCAGAGUGAGGAAUAACCUUAACACUGAGGCUGUGAUAACCAAAUCUGUGAGCGCUUUGCUGCUUAUAUUGAAUUGCAUGUUGCAGCAUAAAACGAAGGUUCCAGAAGAAAGUUCUGAUGGUUUUUCCAAAUUACUGCCAGAUUCAUCAAAAGUAGAUGUCUCCUUACCAGUUUCAGCCUCUGUUGAGGAUAUGAAAUCUCCUUCAGAAUGCCUGGAGAAAGAACCUGGCGAUCUGUUUGAAAAUAUCUUGGGGAAGUCCACUGGAUAUUGUACCAUGGAGGAGAGUCAAAGAGCAAUGGCGCUUACUUGUGAUUUCAUUAAGCAGCACGUAACUGCAAUGAUUAUGCAGGCUGUUUUACAACUAUGUGCUCGUUUGACAAAGACAUAUGUUAUAGCAACUCAGUUUCUUGAAAGCGGAACCUUGGCUGGCCUUUUCAACCUUCCAAAAAGUUGUAUAUUCCCUGGGUUUGAUACCUUGGCAUCCGCUAUUGUUAGGCAUCUUCUUGAAGAUCCUCAAACUCUGCAGACAGCUAUGGAAUCGGAGAUAAGACAGGCUCUUUCUGGAAGCCAUAACAGGCAUACUACACGUCUUUCUCCUAGAUUAUUUUUGACAUCAAUGGCACCUAUGAUUUCUAGAAAUCCAGCAAUUUUUAUGAGAGCAGCUGUUGCUGUUUGUCAAUUGGAGUCCUCGGGAGGGAGGACAACAAUAGCGUUAACAAAGGAAAAGGAUAAAGACAAGCCAAAAGCUGUUGCUGAAAAUGGAACCCCUAUUAAUGAACCCUUAAGGUUACCUGAAAAUAGAUUAAAUGAUACUAAUGCUAAAUGCACUAAAAGUCAUAAACGUGUCCCUGCCAGUCUCGCACAGGUAAUUGACCAGCUUUUAGAAAUAGUUAUGAGUUAUCCACCAAAGAAAAUACAUGAAGACAUCACUAGUUCUUUUAGCCCAAUGGAAGUUGACAAGCUUGUUGUGAAGGACAAAGGAAAAUCAAAGGUUGAUGAUAUUAAGAUUGACCCUGAUAGCUUCUGUGAAGAAUCCGCCUUGCUUGCAAAGGUGACUUUCGUCCUCAGGUUGAUGAGUGAUAUACUUCUCAUGUAUGUGCAUGCAGUUGGCGUAGUACUGAAACGGGAUUCUGAAAUGUGUUCUUUACGGGGACCUGGACAAGGGAGUAGCACUGGCUAUGGAGGUGUUAUAUAUCAUAUAUUGCAUGAGUUACUUCACAUAUCUUCAGAAAAAAAUAAUGAACAUGAGUUAAGGGGGAAGUUGUCGGAAAAGGCUUCAUGGUUCUUGGUAGUUUUGUGUGGACGUUCUAUGGAGGGACGCAGGAGAGUUAUUGCUGAAAUUGUGAAGACAUUUUCUUCUUUCUCAGUGUUGGAAAGGAACUCUAAAAGCAUUUUGUUUCCGGACAAGAAUGUUCUUGUGUUUGUCGAGUUGGUCUAUUCUAUAUUAUCCAAAAAUUCUUCUAACAACUUGCCUGGUUCUGGGUGCUCCCCAGACAUUGCUAAAACUAUGAUAGAUGGUGGAAUGGUACAAGUGCUUUCUAGUAUCAUUGGGUGUAUAGAUCUGGACCAUCCAGAUGCUCCUAAGAUUGUCAAUGUGAUACUCAAGGCAUUGGAGUGUCUAACAAGAGCUGCUAAUGCUAGUGAUCAAGUGUUUAAGGUUGAUGGACCGAAUAAGAAAAGAUCUAGUGGUGCACAUGAAAGAAGGGAAGGACACAAUAAUACUAGUACUGGAACCGCUAACCAUGACCAGAAUAUGAAUCCGCAUGGUACUGCUGUUGUCCAAAUUGAAGAGCAACUGAUUGAAGAUUUUCAUCAUAAUGGUGGGCAUCUGAAUAAUGCAAAUAUAAGUCAAAACAUUGAGCAUGAUAUGCGAGUAAAUAGGGAAGAGCAUUCUGCUAACCCCACUACAGAUAGGGUACAAUUUGUGCAUCAGGAAAUCAAUGAACGUGGUGUAAUUCAGAACUCAAAUGAUGUUGGCUUGGAUUUUCGAAUUGAACAACGCAUAGAUGAUGAGAUGGCUGAUGAAGAUGAUGAUAUGGGGGAUGAUGGAGAUGAUGAUGAUGAAGAUGAUGAGGAAGAUGAUGAGGAAGAUGAAGAGGACAUGGCAGAAGAAGGACCUGGUUUAAUGUCUCUAGCUGGUACUGAUGUGGAUGACCAUGAUGACAGUGGGUUGGUUGAUGAAUACAACAAUGAUAUGAUUGAUGAAGAAAAUGAUGAUUUCCCUGAGAACCAUGUUAUUGAAGUAAGGUGGAGGGAGGGAUUAACUGGUUUAGAUCAUUUGCGAGUUUUAAGAGGAUCUGGAAAUGCUAGUGGUUUCUUUGAUAUUGCUUCCGAGCCAUUUCGUGGGGUAAUUACAGAUGAAAUAUUCAGUUUUCAACGUUCAUUGGGAAUUGAUAGGCGGCGCCCAAGUGGUAAUAGGACUUUUGUUGAUAGGUCAGGUUUUGAUGUGAAUGCUUUCCAACAUCCAUUACUUCUGAGGCCUUCUCCAUCUGGUGAGACAGGUAACUCAAUUUGGCCAUCAGCUGGAAGCACUUCCAGAAAUUCAGGAACAUUGUCAUUUGGAAGUGCUGAUUUAUCCCAUUUAUACAUGUUUGAUUCUGGCCUCUCAUCUGAGCAUGCUGCUGCAACGUUAAUUGCUAAUAAUUUAGUUGGUUCUGCGCCACCUUUCAUUGAUUUGUCUUUUGGCAUGGACUCCCUGCAAAUGGGGCUGAGAAGGGGAACUGCUGAUAAUCGGUGGACAGAUGAUGGUCAACCUCAAGCAGGUAGCAAUGCUGCUGCUAUUGCACAAGCUGUUGAAGAACAAUUUGUAUCUCAGUUACGUGGCAUAGUUUCUGUCAGUAAUCCUCCCACUCAGAGGCUAUCUGAGCAUUCUGUAGGACAAAUUAACCAGUCAACAUUGUUUAUUUCCAAUAACCAGACACUAUCAAGAAUAGAAAGUGAUCCUUUUGAACCAGGUGAAUUUCAGCAUCAGGAAACUGGAUAUGAAUCAGCUCAGAGGCUAGAGAACGUAGUUUGUGAAGAUCCUUCUAUUCCUUCUCAGGGAGAAGCAGAUUGCUCUGUUGCUGGAAUUAUUGAGAAUGAGAGUGCAUUGGAAGCAAGGCAAAUUGUUUUUCAUGAUCCAAAUGUUUCUGCUGUUAAUGCCCCUGAGAGGUUUCUUGGCUGGAAUGAAGUUGGGCCAACCACCCUGCCUUCAGAUAUCGUUCCUGAAAUGGUCAUGUCUUCUGCUGAUUUGCACGAUGAUCAGCGAAUGCCAUAUGAUUCCGAAAUACUUCCAGGUCCCCAGGGCACAGAAUCACAUAUUGAAUCUCGACCAGGAAAUAAUGUCUUUGAUAGUCAUUCUAGUAGCCAAGCAGUCAUUGAUUCAGGUUCAUUAAUGCCCAUCUUAAGUGAUGACCGUGCUGGCUCAAGUCAUGAGAGUGCUGGUUUAGAUAUGAAUGCUACGGAAAAUGUUGGGAAUCAAGUUGAUAGUGUGGUUCCUACUUCUAAUGGAGAACUAUCAAACAUGCAUGAUACAUCUAUUCCUCAGGAAGCCAGUCAAAAUCAAGGGAUUAUUAAUAACGAGUCUUCUAGUAUGAACGGCAUUGACCCCACAUUUUUGGAGGCACUUCCUGAUGAUCUCCGUGCUGAAGUAUUAGCUUCACAGCAAGCUCAAUCUGUUGGAACUUCUACGUACGCUCCCCCUGCUGCAGAAGAGAUAGAUCCUGAGUUUUUGGCUGCACUCCCCCCAGAUAUCCAAGCUGAGGUUUUGGCUCAACAACGGGCACAAAGAGAUGGACAUGGGCAGCAUGCUCAAGGUCAGCCAGUUGACAUGGACAAUGCUUCUAUUAUUGCCACCUUCCCUCCAGAACUGCGUGAAGAGGUUCUCCUGACUUCGUCUGAUGCUGUCCUUUCAGCAUUACCUUCAGCUUUACUGGCCGAGGCUCAAAUGCUCAGGGAUAGAGCAGCAAGCCAUUACAGUGCUCGCAGUAGCCUCUUUGGUGGAAGCCAAAGACUUAGCAGUAGGAGGCCGACUGUUGACAGACAAACAAUUAUGGAUAGAGGAGCAACAAUAGGUCCAAGACCAGCUUCGGCAAUUGCUAGCAACCUGAAAGUUAAAGAAAUCGAAGGGAUGUCUCUUGUGGAUGUAAAUUCAUUGAGAUCUUUAAUUAGACUCCUAAGAGUAGCUCAGCCAUUAGGGAAAGGCCUUCUCCAGAGACUUAUGUUAAACCUAUGUGCACAUAGCAUCACACGCGCUACUCUGAUUAUCCUUUUAGUUGAUAUGAUACAACCAGAAGCUGAUGUGUUAACUGGAUCUAUAAGUUGCUCUCAGCGUCUCUAUGGAUGCCAGUCGAAUGUUAUUUAUGGACGGCCACAACCUUCAGAUGGUCUUCCACCAUUGCUGUCACGUCGUGUUCUUGAGAUGUUAACUUACUUGGCAACAAACCUUUCUUCUGUAGCGAGCAUUCUUUUCAAUUUUGAUCCUUUGUUGCCUUCUGAAUCUUCAACAUUCAACACCAGUUUGGACAUCAAGAAAGACAAAACUAAAGAAAGAACAUGUUUACUGAAAGAUUCUUUAUCCUUAGAGUCUUCUCAAAAGGGUGAUGCUCCUCUAGUAUUAUUUUUGAAGCUUUUGAAUAAACCUUUAUUUUUGCGUAGUAAUGCGCAUCUUGAGCAGGUCAUGGCUUUGAUACAAGUUAUAGUUGAUAGUGCUGUGGCAAAAAUUAAUUGUCAUCCUCCAUCUGUGAUAGCAGCAGGUAGGUCUGAGACUCAGGCAGAUAGCACUCCAUCAAACAGUCUGAGAGAUUCCACCAUCUUGGAGCAGAAUCAUGAUCAAGAUGAUAAUCCAAGCUCCAGCAAUUACCAGCCCAACGGUGAUGGGGAAGAGUUAUUUAGUGCACAUAAUACAUUUUUGCAACUCCCUAAGCCUGUUUUAUGCAAUCUGUGCAGUAUUCUUGCUCAUGCAGGGCUUUCUGAAAAAGUUUAUUCACUCGUAGCGGAUGUUAUGGAAAAAUUGGCCUUUGUUGUUGCUCCUCAUCGGAAGUUCUUUGCAGUUGAGUUAGCAGGAUUAGCCCAUAACUUGAGUGUUUCAUCUGUUGGUGUGCUUGCGACAUUGAGGAGCACACAUAUGCUGGCCUUAGGUGCAGGUUCUAUGGCUGGAGCUGCAAUUUUGCGUGUACUGCAGACCCUUAGUACGCUUAUUAUAGUUGAUGGAGCUAAGUCUGAAGAGUUUGGACAUGGGCAUGAUGAACCAUCUAUCUUGAUCAAUUUAAAUUCAGCACUUGAGCCUCUUUGGCAGGAGUUAAGUGAUUGCAUUACAGCAACUGAGGCAAGGUUGGGGCAGAAUUAUACGUUUUCUUCUUCUCUAUCAAUUCCAGAUGCUUCAAACCUUUCAGGAGGUCGUUCUACAGUGUCUCCUCUUCCUCCUGGCACUCAGCAGUUGUUGUCAUUUAUAGAAGCUUUUUUCAUUAUAUGUGAAAGGCUUCAGAUAUACCAAAUCAUGUUGGCUGAUGACUGUACAACUGCUGGGGAAAAAGAAUUUACUGGGGUCUUACAAUCACCAUCUGUUAAGAGUAGUGGAACUGGCACUCUGUCAUUUGCAAGGAUGGUUGAAAAGCAUCGGCGCCUUCUUAAUGUUUAUAUUAGGCAGAAUCCACGCCUGCUUGAGAAAUCAUUUUCUAUGAUGUUGAAAGUUCCAAGGCUUAUUGAUUUUGAUAAUAAGAGAGCUUAUUUUCGCUCACGGAUUAGGCAGCAGCAUGACCAACACUCUUCUGCUCCACUAAGAGUAAGCGUUCGGCGUGCUUAUGUCUUGGAAGAUUCCUAUAAUCAGCUGCGAUUGCGUUCGGCUCAGGACUUGAAAGGUAGGUUAAUGGUUCAUUUUCAAGGAGAAGAGGGUAUAGAUGCUGGUGGACUGACUAGGGAGUGGUACCAGCUUCUAUCAAGAGUGAUAUUUGAUAAGGGAGCAUUGCUUUUUACAACGGUUGGGAACAAUGCAACUUUUCAACCUAACCCAAACUCUGUAUAUCAAACAGAGCAUCUUUCUUAUUUUAAGUUUGUUGGCAGACUGGUUGCAAAAGCACUUUUUGAUGGGCAACUUUUGGAUGUGUAUUUUACUCGCUCCUUUUAUAAGCACAUACUAGGCGUGAAGGUAUCUUAUCAUGACAUUGAGGCAGUUGACCCUGACUACUAUAAGAACUUGAAGUGGAUGCUUGAGAAUGAUAUUAGUGAUCUUCCAGACUUGACAUUCAGCAUGGAUGCUGAUGAAGAAAAACUUAUACUAUAUGAGAAAAAUGAGGUUACUGAUUAUGAGCUUAAACCGGGAGGGAGGAAUAUCAGGGUAACUGAAGAGACAAAACAUGAGUAUGUGGACCUUGUGGCAGAACACAGGUUGAGUACAGCCAUUCGCCCUCAAAUAAAUUCCUUCCUAGAAGGUUUCGAUGAAUUAGUUCCCCGGGAUCUCAUUUCAAUAUUUAAUGAUAAAGAGCUUGAACUUCUGAUCAGCGGACUUCCUGAAAUUGAUGGUCAGUGGCACUAUAUGCUUAUUAUCGGGAAAAAAGUAAAGCUCAAAGAAGCAUGUUUACUCUUUGAAAAAGAAGGUCAAGUUCCAUUGGAAGGAUUUAAGGCCUUGCAGGGGAUAUCUGGCUCCCAAAGGUUUCAGAUACACAAGGCAUAUGGCGCUCCUGAGAGACUUCCAUCAGCCCAUACCUGUUUCAACCAGCUCGACUUGCCUGAAUAUUCAUCCAAGGAGCAAUUAGAAGAACGUUUGAUGCUUGCCAUCCAUGAAGCUAGUGAAGGUUUUGGCUUCGGCUGAUUUGGUUUUGCUCGUUUGAAAGGCCUUGUUUUUCUGUUUUUCGUGUACAGAACCCAAGCAACCGUUAGGCUGAUGAAGGGAGCCUGCUGUUUUACAGGGCUUGUGAUUUUUGUUAGCCCGAUCACCAAGCUGGCUUUUCGGAUAACCCCUGAUGGUGCAAAUAACUGUUGUGUUUUUUGAAUAUUUAUUUAUUUAUUCCGUAUGAUUACACAGCUUAGAUUUGCAUUCUUCUACUGCGCUAGUAGCUGCAUGGAUGCUUCAUGUUUUGAUUUGUAAUGGUGGCUAACAGAAUCAGGGUCGCAAGUUAUUAAUCUACUAUCUCUAUCUAUUGCUAAU